AGGAGAGAGAAGACAUUCACAUACACCUGCGGAGAGGAGAGAGAAGCUCUCCCCACGGGAAGAAGAGGAAGCUCGGAGGAGUUAUUGAUUUCGUUUCGGAAUCAUCAGACUAAGGAUCGGUUUUCGAAGAGGAAUCGAUAGAGAGGAAAUGUCAGACCUAGACCGGCAGAUAGAGCAGCUGAAGCGGUGCGAGCCGUUGAGCGAAUCGGAGGUGAAGUCUCUCUGCCUCAAAGCCAUGGAGAUCCUCGUUGAAGAGAGUAACGUUCAGAGAGUCGAUGCUCCCGUCACUCUAUGUGGUGACAUUCAUGGGCAGUUCUAUGACAUGAUGGAGCUUUUCAAAGUUGGAGGUGAUUGCCCUAAGACCAACUACUUGUUUCUUGGCGAUUUUGUUGAUCGUGGAUACUACUCUGUUGAGACCUUUCUGCUUCUACUCGCUCUCAAGGUUAGAUAUCCAGACCGUAUAACUCUCAUCAGAGGAAACCACGAAAGCAGGCAAAUCACGCAGGUUUAUGGAUUUUAUGAUGAGUGUUUGCGUAAAUACGGCUCUGUAAAUGUCUGGAGAUACUGCACCGACAUUUUUGACUACAUGAGUCUUUCAGCUGUUGUUGAGAACAAGAUAUUCUGUGUUCAUGGCGGUCUCUCUCCAGCUAUUAAUACUCUUGAUCAGAUUAGGACAAUUGACCGGAAGCAAGAAGUGCCACAUGAUGGUGCCAUGUGUGACCUCCUAUGGUCUGAUCCUGAAGAUAUUGUUGAGGGAUGGGGAUUGAGUCCUCGUGGAGCUGGAUUCCUUUUUGGCGGCGGUGUUGUCAUGAGUUUUAACCACACAAACAACAUAGACUACAUAGGACGAGCUCAUCAACUUGUUAUGGAGGGUUACAAAUGGAUGUUCGAUAGCCAGAUUGUGACAGUGUGGUCAGCCCCAAAUUACUGUUAUAGAUGCGGUAAUAUCGCUUCGAUUCUAGAGCUGGACGAGAAUCUAAACAAAGAGUUCCGUGUGUUCCAGGCAGCCCAGCAGGACUCGAGAGGGCCUCCCGCCAGAAAACCUGCACCUGACUACUUCCUAUAAUGCGACAACCCUACUCCCAGCGUAAAACCAAGUAAGAGAACCACAACUCGUUCAAGAGUUGUUUUUAUUUGAGUCAUAGCGGGAGAAGUUUAUACAAUACAAUUGUUUUAGGCGAGAUCUACUGAGGCCAUCGAACUGGGGUUGUUUGAAAAACAAUAUUGUUUGAAAUAGAUUUCUCUUUGUAAUGGUUGUAGUUAAAAGAGUGUUCUUGACAUAAUUCAAGUUUGUAUUUCCUUAGAAUAUAAAGACCUCAAAACAA